AUGAGCGCUGCCCAUUUCGAGAAUUCUCGAACCGUUUGGAAUAUGCUCUGGCAGAUUGAAGUAGGCAUACUGCCUCGCAUGGGUCAGGAUAGCACUGUUCUCUCGCAGGACCUCUGGCCGAGAGACCCUGAUUGCGAGGCCACAUUUGCCGGUUGUGAAGACACGCAGAUAGAGUCCACGGGACACAUUCGGCAGCACCAGCACCAGCUCCUCGAUCAUCAGGCAAGCCAGGCAUGGGCUGCCCGUGGAGCUACGCAAAGUGCUCGGGAAGCAUGGCCGAGGGAUCUGGCGUCUGUAUUACUAGUACGACUGGAAAAUGAUGAGAUCGAUGGAUCCGACGACGGUUCAUGA